CACAAUGUCUAGAACGGCGGUGGCUAUUUCUGAGGGCCGAAAACUGCCGCCCUCAUUUGUGAAACGUCUUGAAUUAUACAGUGACAAAUUCAAACUUCCAUUUCAAUUCAUCGACGUCAGUAGAUGAUAGGUAUGGAUGCCACUGCCAUCUCUGCUGCCGUCCCUUCUUCUUCUUCUUCUUCUUCUUCAGAGGAUCUCCUGUUGCGAGCUCUCAUCGACAGAGGCUGGCAUUUCAAAGACAUGGACCGAAUCCGCGGCCUCAUCAAGGAUCAGUUAGCCUUGCCUAACUACGUUUGCACCGUCGAUUCGAUUGAAUCGGAGCUCCUUAACAUGGACCUGCGAUCAAUUGGUGGGAAAUGCUUGCCCGAACCUUCUAUGCUACGCAAAACCUCUCAUCUCCAAGGUCCGAUGGUCCUUCAGGUCUGCUCAAGUAGGGAUAUAUCUCUGAGUUGUUUAGAUGGUGCUUCAGGAAGUUCGGGAAAGAGACGGCUAUUACGGUUGGAGCUUACUGAUGGACAUUCUAGAAUAACUGUUGUAGAGUACUCCCAUGUGCCAUCAAUUCCUGGAGAUGUUAUCCCUGGGACUAAGGUACAACUGCGGAGUAAAGCUUAUAUAUGUAGUGGUAUUUUGUGUUUGAAUGAAAAGGUGAUUGCCAUUUUAGGGGGUGUUGUUCAGUCACUUUAUGAAGAGUGGAAACUGAAGCGCAAGUAUUUGGAUGUCUCCCGCCACACAUUAGGGCUCUCACAAGAAAAUGCAUCGAGUUGUCCUCCACCAUUUGAAAAACUCGAAAUUCGGGCACUUGUUCAAGGAACUGGUGCAACUAAAGGAAAAUAUUGUUCGUCUGGUACUACAGAGUUUUCUGGAUCAGCCUCAAAUGAUAUCACCCGAAGCCUGGCUGCAAAAGGUGAAUGCUCCAGUUUGAGUUGCACUUCAGGGCUCCAGAAAAUUAAUGCAUCCGUGGAUAGUGCUACGGAUGAUAUAAAUCUGCUUCACACUGUGGGUGAGAACAAGGAUAAGCCAACCUGCUCGUCAGCAAGGUCAAAAGUUAUUGCAUCUGAACCUGUUCAAAAUCAAGCCGCUGCCCAGAAACUUCUCCAGAAGACAAGUCAGCCUAAUUUUAACGAUCGCACUUCUAGAAGUCAGAGACAUAGGAGAAAGGAUAAAGAGGAAGAGUCGCCUUCCAUCACACUAGAUGAAUGGGAAAGGAGGAAAACUGGAAUGAAUCUUCCGACAAUGCAUGAGCCUUCUAACACUAGUCAAGAUGAAGAUCUUGCAAGACAGCUUCAGAACCAAUUUGAUUUGGAGGAUGUUCAGGCAAUGAAUAGUUCUCAUGUGACAGAGGCUAAAAGUAUAACAAUGAGCAUGUUCAAUUUUGAAAGAGAUGAUGCUGCAGCCAGUGGAAGAACUGAAUUUAGAGGAAGGGGGAGGGGGAGGGGAAGGGGAAGGAGUAGAGGGAGAGGUAGAGUCCGUCUUAAUUAAUGCUUAAGUUUCUUUUUCUCAUCAUUGUUUUUGAAUCUUUGAUCUGCAAAUCCUUGCAAAGUAUUCUUAAUCAUCCUGCAUCUGUAGCUUGCUUUGACAGACUUUUAAUGUUUUUCUGAUGCUGAUUUUUAUCCUAAAAGUGGAGAAUGUAUUCUUCAAUUUUUUCUGCAUGCAA